AUGGUUCUCGAGUUUCCAAACUCCCGCAAUGACUGGAAGUUGGAUGCAGUCGGUCUACUUGCUGUUAUUGGCGAAACAACCACGGAAACCUGCGUUGAGCCCAUGACCGCCUCAUACCUUUGCCUUCUUCCCCGCCUCAUCCCAGCCCCCCAAGCGCUGAUCCGACCAAAUCGACGUAUAGCCCUCGCAUCAGUGAGCGCCUCUAUUGUUGGCGUAUAUUCAGGCACCACGAUGUCGCAGCUCUCGUAUAUUUCCAAUCAAAUUCACCCCAUCGCGAUGCUUCCUACCUUUGGCGUCCGGGUGCUGCAAAUCAAGCAUCGACAGGAUCCUGAUGCUCUACGUCGCCAAACCACCAAUUUGGAGAAGAUGCUGAAUUACAUUGAACCGCCGUUACCCAUGAUGAAGGCCAAACUCAUAUCGCCUCACAAUAUUCUCAGCGUAGCGACUACUCUUCUUACUCUUGGUCUGCUCCUUUGGGCCAUCAUCAUUGAGGAUGGCCCUGCGACCACAGCUAUCGUCCUUCUGGCUUCCGCGACCACAAUCUUCUGUGCAGCAUCUCUCUGGAGUCCUUCAGCAGGGCCUCGGUCGAGGUUUUCCUUCGUCCCCCCCGGCGACGUUGUGAUACGAACAAAGGAAGGAUCCUUUCUCAUUGUCAAAUGUAAUGAGGAAGUGUCCCGGGAGCUCUACUUUGGAACAGAUGAACUUCGCCAGGCAAUCACAACAGGGUUCGGCUUAUGUGUCGGAAUUGGAACCGUCGUGUUCAUGGUGGCUGUCAUACUCAUGGGAAAUUCUUCUUGGACAAUGCAAGCUGCUCUUGCGGUGACUUACCUUUUGCUCAACGCCGUCUAUUGGUUUGUUGCCCUCCUGCCCUCGACUACCCACUGGGAGUUUCCGCGUUAUGAAUGGGAGGAUAUCACUCCUGAAGAUGCCCGGGAUGCUGAGAAGGUCACUGACCAAGAAAACCAGCGUGAAGGCUACCCUAGCUUCACGCGUUCGCUCUGGUUUGCCAUUCGGGAGACCAAGCGGACGGGCUGGGUAAGUCGCAGUGGCGCGGCUCCUGAAACAGACUCGUGGAAGGUGUGGCUGGAGGAGGCAGAGCGGAAUGCAGUCAACGGGAAUCGCAGCUGGAACGCCGUCGAGCGGAAGAACCAGAUUUUGAAUUCGGCUCGUGGGGAUGUAGAAUAA